AAUACUUUACACGUGCAUUCAGACAAUCAUAAUUAGUAUAUUAAUCAGUCACAUUUAAAUCACGUGGUGUAAUCUUUGCGCAUGCGCAUUGUGAACGUCCGUCGAUCGUGGUUUCCAGUUCCACAUCGUUUGACUGUAAGUUUGCGCAACAACGGCUCAUAAUAAAGAAAAGGCGGCAAACUAUUUCAUUCAUGGUCUACCAUUUUUAGGCGCAAGUCAAUCCGAUCACAAUGCAAUACGAACUUCUUGCAUCAACAUUUAGACCUCGUUUCCUUCGCAAAGCUUGUUGGCAUUUGAGUCAAAGGGCAUGGCUGUCUAGUGGAGCGUCGAACAUCCGACCAAUCAGGAAGCUUCUGGUUGCCAAUAGAGGAGAGAUUGCCAUCAGGAUUUGUCGAGCUGCAACUGAGUUGAACAUCAAGACGGUUGGAGUUUAUUCUAAGGAAGAUGCGAAGCAAUUGCAUCGACAGAAGGCUGAUGAGUCGUAUUUGAUUGGCGUUGGGAAGUCUCCUGUUGAGGCAUAUCUGACUAUUUCCGAGUUGCUGCGAGUUGCACAAGAACAAAAUGUCGAUGCCAUCCAUCCCGGCUAUGGCUUUCUAUCCGAACGAUCCGACUUUGCCAAAGCUUGCGAGUCAGCAAACAUUACAUUCGUCGGACCACCCUCACACAUCGUUGGCAAAAUGGGCGACAAAGUCGCUGCUCGAGCUCUCGCCAUAUCAGCCAACGUACCCGUCAUUCCUGGCACAGACAAGCCAGUAAAAUCAACAGAAGAAGCCAUCGCAUUUUGUGAAGAGCACGGCUAUCCUGUCAUGCUGAAAGCCGCAUACGGGGGUGGCGGUCGAGGCAUGAGGGUUGUCCGCAGCAGGAAUGAGCUUCCUGAAAUGUUUGAGAGGGCAACGUCUGAGGCCAAGCAAGCAUUUGGUGAUGGAUCAGUUUUUAUUGAGAGAUUUGUGGAGAAUGCACGUCACAUUGAAGUGCAAGUGUUGGGUGACAAAUACGGCAACAUUAUUCAUCUAUUUGAGCGAGACUGUUCGGUGCAGAGGAGACACCAGAAAGUGGUGGAAGUGGCUCCAGCACCGAACUUGAGUCCAGAGAUUCGUGAUAGAAUGACUGCUGAUGCUGUGCGUCUCUGUAAAGCAGCAGGCUAUCAGAAUGCUGGUACUGUGGAGUUUUUGUUGGACGGUCAAGGUAACCAUUAUUUUAUUGAAGUGAAUGCCCGACUGCAAGUGGAGCAUACGGUAACAGAGGAAGUGACAGGAGUUGAUUUGGUGCAGUCUCAGAUCAAGCUGGCGGAAGGACAUUCUCUUCAAGAUCUCAAUCUGCAUCAAAAUGCCAUUCAAGUAGUCGGACAUGCCAUUCAGUGUCGUGUGACAACGGAAGAUCCAAGCAAAGGCUUUCAACCAGACACAGGAAGACUUGAAAUGUUUCGAGAAGGAACGGGAAUGGGCAUUAGACUUGACGGAUCAACCGCUCAAGGAGCCGUCAUAUCACCACAUUACGACUCUCUGAUGGUCAAAGUCACAAGUCACGGAGCGGAUGCCAAAGCUGCUGCAACAAAAUUAGAUCGUGCGCUUCAAGAGUUUGUUAUACGAGGAGUCAAGACCAACAUUCCAUUUCUUCUUAACGUUCUACGUGACGACGACUUCAUCAAAGGCACAGUAACAACCGACUUCAUUCACAACAAACCCGAACUCUUCCUAUUCGCACGUGAGCGAGAACACGUUCCCAAACUGCUCAAGUAUAUCGGCUCAGUCAUCGUGAACGGGUCCCUUUCGCCACUUGGGACUGACCUACCACCCGCAAUGACUGAGCCAGACAUUCCUGCAGCUCCUCAAGUGUCAACUCUGAACGGGGGAUGGAGAAAAAUUAUUCAAACAGAAGGACCGGAGGCUUUUGCCAAAGCCAUCAGGGCUCAUCCUGGUGUUUUGUUGACGGAUACUACAAUGAGAGAUGCUCAUCAGUCGUUACUUGCCACUCGUGUGAGGACCUAUGAUCUACUCAAGAUUGCUCCAUUUGCCGCCCACAGCUUUUCCAAUGCGUGUAGCCUUGAGAUGUGGGGAGGCGCCACAUUCGACGUUGCAAUGCGAUUCUUAAGGGAAGACCCGUGGAAGCGUCUACAAGAUCUUCGCGAACGAAUCCCAAACAUUCCAUUCCAGAUGCUCCUUCGUGGUGCCAACGCCGUCGGCUACACCAACUACGCAGACAACGUCGUCUAUCGUUUCUGUGAGUUGGCGUACAAGGAAGGCCUUGAUAUCUUCCGAGUGUUUGAUGCCCUCAAUUAUCUGCCAAACCUUCAAGUUGGUAUGGAUGCUGCUCGUCUGGCUGGAGGCGUCGUCGAAGGUGCUAUCUCGUAUACUGGAGAUGUAUCCAAUCCGAAUAAGACGAAAUACAAUUUGGAUUAUUAUAUGAAGUUUGCAGAGGAGCUGGUCAAGUCAGGGACGCACAUUCUCUGUGUUAAGGAUAUGGCUGGAGUCUUGAAACCUCAUGCUGCCAAGAUGCUCAUCGGUGCUCUCAGACAACAAUUCCCCAACAUUCCCAUUCACCUACACACUCACGACACAGCAGGAGCUGGCGUGGCCACCUACCUGGCAGCAAUAGAUGCCGGAGUUGACAUCAUCGACGUCGCUGCAGACAGCAUGUCGGGCAUGACGUCACAGCCGAGCAUGGGAGCCAUCAUUGCCGCCUUAGAGAACACAGAAAACGACACUGGAAUAGACCUGAAGGCGAGCAACCAGUACAGCACUUACUGGGAGCAAGCACGUGGGUUGUAUGCUCCUUUUGAGUGCACGAAGACGAUGAAAUCGGGCAGUGCAGAUGUUUAUGAGAAUGAGAUUCCCGGUGGUCAGUACACGAACUUACAGUUCCAGGCUUUCUCUCUUGGGCUUGGUAAUGAGUUUCCGAAGGUCAAGCAGGCGUACAUAGAGGCCAACCUGCUGCUUGGAGAUAUCAUAAAGGUAACACCAACAUCUAAAGUUGUGGGAGACUUGGCUCAGUUUAUGGUGCAAAACAACUUGAGUGCAGAUGAUGUCGUCGAAAAGGCCGAAGAGCUGUCAUUUCCAGAGUCAGUCGUUGGCUUUUUUGAGGGCAAGUUGGGUCAGCCAUAUGGUGGCUUCCCAGAGCCUCUGAGGACACGGGUCCUCAAGGGCAAACCUGCUAUUAACAGUCGACCAGGUGAAGGCUUAGCCGAUGAGGACUUCAAUAAAAUUCGUGGCGACCUCGAGAGUGAAUUCAAACAUUCACGUCGAGAAUUCUCCGACUUGGAUGCCGUCAGUGCUGCACUGUAUCCGGACGUCUUCCGGGAUUUCAUUCGUUUUCGUGAUGAAUAUGGUAUCGUACGUCGACUGCCAACUCGGAUCUUCUUCACAGGUCCAAAGCUGGGCGAAGAGUUUGAGGUCGAGACGGAACGUGGGAACAAGACGUUCUUCAAUGUUUUGGCUGUUGGUGACCCAAUGAAAUCUGGAGAACGAGAAGUCUUCGUAUCGGUCAAUGGCCAGAUGAGGUCUGUGCUGAUUGAGGAUAAGAAAGCAUUAGAGAACGUCGCCACCCUCCCAAAAGCCGACCCAGCACGACUCGGCUCAGUCGGUGCCCCCAUGCUCGGAGAAAUCAUAAACGUACGCGUCAAAGAAGGCGACCACGUCAACAAAGGGGACCCUCUCGUCGUGCUCUCAGCAAUGAAAAUGGAGACAGUGGUGAGUGCACCGUGUGCAGGGAUUGUUCGUAACAUUGCAGUCAGCAAGGGAAGUAGCCUGAAACCAGGUGAUCUACUUGUUGAUAUUGAAGAUUAACUCAAGUGUAUUUGAUUGCAAUUUUUGCCCUAACGAACAGUCGCGUUUUGUGUUAUUUGUCUAGCGGUUUGUUUUCAUAGAUAUCCGUUGAAAAGGCAAUUGAGUAGUUGCUUUUUUGAUGCACUUUGCGCACUGCAGAUGACGAAGGGUUUCGGUAGUGUGAAACACGAUUUGUGUGUACA